AUGACUGGCGGAAAGUCCGGCGGCAAGGCCAGCGGUUCCAAGAACGCGCAGUCCCGUUCCUCCAAGGCUGGUCUGGCCUUCCCCGUUGGUCGUGUCCACCGUCUGCUCCGCAAGGGCAACUACGCUCAGCGUGUCGGUGCCGGUGCUCCCGUCUACCUGGCUGCCGUCCUCGAGUACCUGGCUGCUGAAAUUCUCGAGUUGGCCGGUAACGCCGCCCGUGACAACAAGAAGACCCGUAUCAUUCCUCGUCACCUCCAGCUCGCCAUCCGUAACGAUGAGGAGUUGAACAAGCUCUUGGGUCACGUUACCAUCGCCCAGGGUGGUGUCCUUCCCAACAUUCACCAGAACCUCCUUCCCAAGAAGACCCCCAAGGCCGGCAAGGGCAACGGCAGCUCCAUGGAGCUGUAA